AUGGGAUCCCCCCUUGAAAGCACCAUUGAGGUUACCCCGCUUGCCGGCGCGACACGAGGUCAAUUCACCAAUGCGAAUCCUCUUUGGAAUCCACCUGGGGCCCGUGGUGUCUACGGGGGUAUCUUAAUAGCACAAAGCUUGGCUGCAGGCCAGAAGAUGGUAUCUUCCGGGUUCACAGUUCAUAGUAUGCAUUGCUUGUUUAUCAAUGCAGGCAGAGCCGGGAUUCCUAUCAUAUAUGAAGUCGAAGUUAUGGACGAUACUAGCGACCGAGUCACAGAAACCGUGCACGCGAAACAAGAAGAAAGUCCCAUUUUCAAGGCGUCAAUAAGCUUCCUUCGGGCUACACAGAUCCAAACAGAUGUGCUUUCUCAUUUUACACCAAAGCCUCAUAUUCCUCUUCCACCAAUAAGCUCCGAGUCUCACAGUAAGGGGGAGUGGGAUACAGACCGGCCAUUCCAGACGAAACGAAUUGAACAAGCAUUUGGUAUUUACCCCCUGACUGACGAUAAUCCACACUGUAGACCUGAGAAUCGGAAGUUCCUUCAGUGGAUGCAGGCACGAGGCCAAAUUUCGGCACCAGAAGGCGAUUCAAUGCACUCGUGUGCAUUGGCUUACAUGUCAGAUAACUUUUUCAUCGGAACAGUUGCUCGCGCUCAGCACGUUCCUCGAUUUUCCUCUUCUCAAUCUAUUGAGUUGAUUCAAAAUUUAGGACUUGGACAUGACGACGAAAGUAAAAUAGCAAAGCGACAUCUCCAGGGAUUGGCAGAACAGGAGUUAGCAGACUUUAAAUACACUCCCGGCAUGAAUGAACAGAUAGGGAUGAUGGUCAGUCUGUCUCAUUCAAUUUACUUCCACCAUCACUCUUUUCGGGCCGAUGAGUGGAUGCUUUCUGAGAUGUCUUCUCCAUGGGCUGGAGAGGGACGAGGCUUGGUUGCUCAGAGUUGGUGGACUCAAAGUGGCAUAUUACUUGCUACAUGUGUGCAAGAGGGUGUUGUUCGGUUGGUACAAGACGUGAAAGUGGAUAUUCCACCAGAGUCAAAGCUGUAA